AUGACAGUCUCAAAAACGGACACCAUCACAGAACAAUCUAUAAACGAAGAUGUCCAUUUCGAAAAGCUGGUUGCGCGUCAAGCAGCACCACGAAAGCAUGAAGUCGUUAAGUUUAACCUGAUAACCUUCGGUUACGCCCAUCUAGCGGCUUUGUACGGGGUAUACCUCUUGUGCACAGUUGCUACCUGGAAAACUGUUAUAUUUCAUUGUAUAAUAUUUAUUAUAUCUAGUCUCGGUAUAACGGCUGGAUCACAUCGUCUAUGGACGCAUAAAGCUUACAAAGCGAAACGGCCCUUGCAAAUAAUAUUAAUGAUCAUGAGUACUUUCGCAUUUCAAAAUACUGUAGUCGAUUGGGUGCGGGACCAUCGAAUUCAUCACAAAUACAGCGACACGGACGCUGAUCCAUACAAUCCAGCGCGGGGCUUCUUUUUCGCCCACAUAGGCUGGUUGUUAGUGAGGAAACACGAGGAGGUGAAGAAGCGUGGAAAGUUUCUCGACAUGUCAGACAUUUAUGCAAAUCCUGUACUUAUGUUUCAGAGAAGAUACGCAAUUCCCUUCAUAGGAACUGUGUGCUUCUUACUUCCAACAGUCAUACCGAUGUACAUCUUCGGCGAAACAUUGAACACAGCUUGGCAUAUUACUGUCUUACGUUAUAUUAUUAAUUUACACUGUACAUUUUCAGUCAACAGUGUAGCCCAUUUAUACGGCACUAAACCCUACGACAAAACCAUAAAACCUGCCCAGAAUUCAUGGGUUUCUUUUAUAGCUUUCGGUGAGGGUUUUCAUAAUUAUCACCAUAUCUUUCCAUGGGAUUACAAGACAGCGGAACUGGGUAACAACGCUCUGAAUUUGACAACUUUGUUCAUCGAUUUCUUCGCGUGGCUGGGAUGGGCUUACGACCUCAAGACAGCGUCUGAUGACAUGAUCAAGGCGAGAUCAGAGAGAACAGGCGACGGAAAAAACAUUUGGGGGUUUUAA